AAAGUGUGCCAAGCCCCGAGCGGUCGCACUUUCUCGGUGCUGCUUAGCGACGAGGCUCUGCCUGCCUGGUGAGGCUGCCUGGCCUGACCGCCCAAGGCUUCGUUUCUACUAGCGCGGUCACUCUUUGGGGGACCUAAGCUUGCAACUUAGUUGCUGCUUGGCAUUGCCAUGCCGGAGAAUUCGAGGUUGCAGAACCAUAUUUCGGGAAGGAGAUGCCGCUCAAACUUUUUGCUUAGGGCUAAAGUUUCAGGAUGGUUGUCCAUUUGAACACAUGCUAGUGGAAGCGGUGUCCUGAUCCGGAAUUGCAGCCAGAGUACGUUGCGGCAGCAUUACUGUUGCCAAGUUGGGGUCUGCCUCAAAGCCAUACUUGUCAGCAUGGAGAUAUCGAGAUUCAUGUGGAUAUAUAUCUCUUUAUGUCCCAGUCAUCGGAUUGUUGGAAUUGUGUUCUUUUCUCCUCAGAACUAUUUAAUUGCAUCAUUGGGCCACUACACCAUCUGCAUCGACUGUGUUGAUACUUGUUCUCGCAAGCAGGCAAAUGUUUAAAGGAGAAUAGACUCCUUUGAUCCCACUUUUCCUCAUGCGAGAUAAUGUCGCCGGUGAAAUCUCUUUCUCUUGCACACAAGCAUUGUUGUUUUGGAAUUAAAAGGAAAACUAGUCACAAGUUCCGCAAGUUUUUUUUUUUUUUUUUUUUUGAUUCCUUAUUGUCUGAUUGAAUUCCAGUGUGUAUUUCAUAUGUCAGAAGUUGAAUAGCAUGGUAUUCAGCAGUCUGCUAGGAGUUUUCUUUGUAACUAGAGGAAGCAUUUGCUGCAGAGGUCAAUACGCCAUGUCUUUGUUGUCACUUUGAUUUUGUUUCAGGUCUGAAAUUGACCCUUGCCUGGAAAGAAGUUGGAUCACACAGGUGAAAAUCAAGCUUGCAGUAAAACAGUAUAUGCGAUCUGGAAUCGAAUAAGCUGUCGAGUGCCCUCCCCCCUUUUUUUGUAAGUUAGUAGCAAGUGGUCUGGUUUUUUUUCUGGCUUUGUUGAAACUUUAGUACCUGUCUGUGAAUCCUUUGCGUAAAUUGUGAUUUCUACUUGGCAUUAGUCCACAUUGCAUACUUAGGCAAGCCAUACAAUUUGUGAAGAACUUGUACCCUCUCACUCAGCGCAGAAAUGUAAGAUUUGAACCUUGAAAGCCCUUCAAUCCAGUCCGAGGAUGGAUAACAUGGAGACCGAGUUUGGAAGCGAGUUCCCCGAAAACAGCAUGUGUGGGGAGUGUGCGAUGAGAGACAACUUUGUAUCAUUGUUCAGAAGAAAGGCUUCAUAUAAGCCGGAGAGAGAGUGGACAUUACCUGACCUCAUGACAGCUGCAAGAGAGUGCCGAUUCUGUUCUUUGGUGCUAAAAGUUGUAAGCAUAGACUAUACAGUCAAGGACCUGAAUCCUGAAUCGACAGUGUGCUCUAUGACUGUUGAAGAUUUUGGUUUUACUCAUUCUGGACCUUAUGAUCCUAACACGGUGAAACGUGUUUCUCGCCUUCGGUUUGAUCUCAUGGAUAAAGAUCUGGAUUCUUCACACAUCGACUAUAUCCAACCAUCGUAUUCAGAGUACAGUCAUCGUAUCCAGCUUUUAGCUCCCAAUACAUUGGAGAGGAGCAGAGAUUUGAUGCUUCUUGGUCGACCCAUUGGCCAGGCACAGAUGGAUAAAACUCUCAUUUUGGAUUGGCUCUCCCGUUGUGAAGCGGAUCAUCAUAAUUGCAGGCCAGGGUGUUGGGCCGAUGAACCUGACCUAACCUUGAGGCUAAUUGAUGUAAAGCGACGCUGCGUGGUCAAGGCACCGCCAAACUGCAGAUAUAUGGCACUGAGCUAUGUAUGGGGUGGUGUGGAGCAGUUACAAUUGGAAAGUGGAACAUUUGCGAGACUGACAAAAGAUGGCGGCAUUUCGAAUGGAAGUCAAGAUAUUCCAAAGUCUAUCAUGGACGCCGUUGCCCUUGUUGAAAUGCUUGGAGAAGAAUACCUCUGGGUUGACGCCUUGUGCAUAAUGCAGGAUGACUUGGGAGAUAAGCAGCAGCAGAUUGGCAAAAUGGAUGUCAUCUACAGCUGCGCUAUGCUAACAAUUGUUAGCGCUGCUGGGCCUGAUGCAAAUGCAGGGUUACCCGGAGCACUUCCUGGCUCAAGGUCUGUUACUCAAUUCACUGACAGCUUUAAUGGGGUGAACAUGAUAACAGCUCUUUGCCCCUUUUCGUCUGCUCUCAAUCUUUCUACCUGGGAAACGCGUGGUUGGACAUUACAGGAGAAGAUAUUGUCAAAGCGGCUUCUGAUUUUCACCAGGCAUCAGAUCUUCUAUCAUUGCAAUGGAGCCACAUGGUUUGAGGAUACCAUAUUAGAAAAUAAUGACUCCACCAUUGAUGUUGUUUUGGAAGAAGACCCGGAUGAGAUACGUUGCCGCAAGCCUUCUCUCGAACUGUCAGCAUUCAAAAGAUAUCUUAAACUAGUCAAUGGAUACUUUUCUCGAAAUCUAAAAUAUGAAGGUGAUGCGCUGAAUGCAUUUGCUGGACUUCUGAAGUCAUUGAGUGCAGAGUUAGGGGAUACCCAUAUUUGGGGUUUACCCAAGUCCGUGUUCGACAAGGCAAUGCUCUGGCAAACCAUCAACCAUUUCCCAGACCGUAGAAACCUUGGCUUUCCUAGCUGGUCGUGGGCUGGGUGGAAAGGAGGCGAUUUUGCAGCCCUAGCUCAAAGGGAUGCAAUGCCUCCAAAGUAUGACAUUAAGCCUGUAAUCAAAUGGUAUAGACCUGAUGACCAUGGUGGUCAUAUCAUCAUCAAGUCAUUCGAUUCUGGGAGUCGGGAAAAGCACAGUGACAAUGCGUGGAAGCUGAGUGAAGACGCUGAAAUGGGCGAGCUGCAAUAUAAUAAGGCUCUGAUGCCUCCCGUUUCCCACCUCCUACGUUUCUGGACGAGUUCUGCAAAUCUGCGAGUAGGUCCUAUCUACCCCUCCCCAAGGGGCGAUGAUUGGUAUGCUAACAGUGGUAAGUGUAAACUUUACUUGGUCACCACCUUGAAAGGAACUUUCAUUGGCGCCAUUCAUUUGAACAAGGAGUGGAUGGACAACCGGGCAGACACCUUAGAAUUUAUUGUCAUUUCUCGGGCUGUGUUCGAACCGGGUUCAGGCUAUGAGGAUGCCUUCAAUGUUAUGCUUAUAGAAUGGCAAAAUGGUGUUGCCUAUCGAGUACAAUUGCCCUAUUUUGGACCUUUCAAAGAGGAGACUUGGAUUGAAGCCAAUCCCCAAUGGAAACUCAUCACCCUUGGCUGAAUGCCAAUAUGUGGAUUUGUGGACUAUCUAAGGACGCGAUCAGAGGUAUCCUUUCAACAGAUCUGUGGCAGGAUACUCACUAUAGCAACUGCUCAAGAGGGGUGUCUAAAGAUUAAUAGUGGAUAAUUGCAAUACUUCAGUCUGUGAUAAAGAAAAGCAUCUUCCAUAAGCAGAGCAGCUUGCAUAGUAUGCAUGUGAGUACUAUGUUUGAGUUUCUAAAGACAUGGCAGGCAACGACUUUUGGGUCUUCUAAAGAAGGCCGAAAUCAAUUACACAGUCAUGAAACCGAAUAAUUGAUCCCCGAACAGACUUGAAGAGUUCUGAUAGCAUUUCUGAAGUCUGGUCAUAGACCCAUCACUCGUAUUUGCACUCUAAAUAUCCAGUGAUUUGUUCACUGCACAUAAACCUGCCCAGUGCAAAUCGAGCGUAUUCUUUGCUCAAAUGGUUAACACUUCGCCUCACAUUAUUGUAAUGAGAAGCCUUAAUUUGCAAUUUGCAAUGGCCCGAAUAAUACGUAUGAGAUGCAAUGUUACAUUGCAAAUGGUUUAAAAGCA